GUGUGUAUAUAUGUGCUUGUGUGAGUAGUGCGUGUUUAAAAUAUUUACGUGAUUAGUAAUAAUUAUUAUACUUGACGAAUAGAAAAAUUACGAAAUAUCCGAUGUACAGCAAAACAUUCGUGUCUUCGUUGCUUAAGCGGUGGAUCCAGUCGUUUUGAUCGAGAUCUAUUUGACAAGAGUUAAUAAGAAAAAAACCCAACAUGGGCUGUUUUUGUACUAGCGCCCGAACACACCACUGCAAAAUUGUAUUCCUCGACGAUCAAGAACUUGUGCACGAAGUUCAGGGUUCGAGUUUGGGUCAAGAAGUUUUUGAUGUAGUCGUGAGACAUUUAAGCCUUCUCGAAACAGCUUACUUUGGUCUUCGUUAUUUGGAUUCACAAAAUCAAACUCACUGGUUGGAUCUGUCCAAGAAAAUGAAUAAACAAAUGAAGGGUAAUGAAAAUUUCACGUUUUACUUUGGUGUGAAAUUUUAUGCCGCCGAUCCAUGUAAACUGGUCGAAGAAAUCACCAGGUAUCAGUUUUUCUUGCAGCUCAAACAGGACAUAUUGCAAGGACGUGUACCCGUCACCCAAGAGCUGAUGGCCGAGCUAGGAGCGUAUGUCGUGCAAUCUGAACUUGGAGAUUUCGAUCCUAGGCGACAUACCCCCGGGUACGUUUCUGAAUUUCGUUUCGUGUCCAAUCAGAACGCAGAGCUCGAGAACCGAAUCGGAGAAAUACACAAAGAACUCACGGGUCAAGUACCUGCAGUCGCCGAGCUGAAUUUCUUGGAUAAAGUCAAGUGGCUGGACAUGUACGGCGUCGAUCUUCACCCAGUACUGGGUGAAGAUAACGUCGAAUAUUAUUUGGGUUUGACACCGACCGGAGUGAUCGUACUCCGAAACAAAAAUAUCGUCGCAAACUAUUACUGGCCCAGGAUCACCAAGAUUUUCAGCAAAGGAAAAUAUUUCAUGCUUAGAGUGUGUGACAAAAAUAACGACGAGAAUACUUACGGGUUUGAAACGCCCUCGAGACCGGCGUGUAAACAUCUGUACAAGUGCAGCAUGGAACAUCAUUCAUUCUUCAGACUAGUACAAGUGUCGCCCAACCCUCCGGACGUCAUAAGCACUCGAUUUAGCAGUGGUCGGGCUGACAAGUCAUCAGUGAGGAGUUCGCAGAUGAGCAACAGAACGCCGCCUUCGUUUACAAGGACACCUAGUCGCCGCUAUCAGAGGAGAAUCGUCGAAGGAUCCAACGAUAAUCAACAUUUUGGAGAUGAGUACAAGACCAGAGAAGAACUGAUGAUGUCUUCGUCGUUGAAACCGCAAGAUAAGCUGAAAAACUGUUCCAAUCCCCAAUUGCCCGUCCACACAAUGUACAUACCAAACCGGAGCGAUUCUCCGAGAAGCACUAGAAGCGCACCGUGGGGUGUUUGGUCGAGCGCCCCGACGCGGGGCUUGUAUUCGAGUAGCUCGCCAAGAAGUGUUCGAUCCGGUCCUCAUCAAAUCAUGCGUCACGCCCGCCGGUCAUCCAGUGUGGACAGCCAGAGUUCUAAUGACUCAAGAUCGUGUCGCAAGCAUAGACACCGCAACAAUAGACGGUCAUCGGAUAACGAGAGUGAACAGUCGGGCCGAUCGGGCAAGUCGCACCGGAAGCACAGACACCGGAGCCGGAAGUCGUCGACGGGUGACGACCAUGAGCACAGGAGGCACAGGUAUCAGCUGGUGGAGUCAGAGGGACAGUGGCGGGAAGUGCAGCGAAGGCAGGCUGAGGGAAGGUCGGCAAUACAAAAGGCGUCAGUGGUUCGGCCUCGGUCGGGCUAUGCGAAUAGUGGGCUUGAGUCCGAGAGCGAGAUUUCUCACCAUUCGUCGUCGUACCGGAGACGGAAACACCGGAAACAUAGAUCGCGAUCCCGAUCGCCGUCAGAGAGUAACAGCAAGACGCGUCUGCCAGAGGAGCUCAAAAAACAUUUAGAAUUCGAACUGGUCGAAACGGACGGUAUGACAGAAGAACAGUUGCGAGAAAUACCGUACACGGCGGUGAAGACAUCUCUGAAGACCAAUAACUCGUCGCCACCCCUGUCGUCCAAACGAAAAACUUAUUCGUCUCGGAGAGCCAAAAGUUGUUCAUUAAAAGACUCGUCAGUGCCAGAAGCCGGCGACAGUCCUCCGCCGCCGUAUAGCGAAGGCCCAGCGGAUAAAUGUUCGGUCGCUGUCGCCGUCUCCAUGCCCAAUUCGAAAAGUGCAAAUCAGUUACCAAGGACACAACAAUCCAACCAAAGCGGACUGACGACGACGAGGACAAGUGCUGACCCCAAUUACAGGGCUACGUGCUCUGCACUAUACGCCAAUCCAUCGGCAUUGCAUGUGGGCUCGGCAAACAGCUAUCGUCAUUCUAGUCAAGACCAACGGAACCUCAUGAACCAUUCCCGGUGGUUACACGAUCUCGAGCAGAAAGACAAUGCGCAUAAUAGGAGAACAGAAAACCUGAUGCGAGACUUCCCUUACAAUUCAUCCAGGUCGUCGACAAAUAGCAACGGCACCGAACGACCCUCUUUGAACGUGACCAAGUCAACGCCACCGCCGUGGUCUAGUCAAGAAAUUCGCGGCACCCUCGGUGGCGGUAGUGUUCCUUGGCAGUGCGUCCCGGACAACAUAUACCCAGUUAGCAGUUACGGGCCACCCAAAAACAUUAACCAGGCGGCGUAUCAGAACCGGAGCAACAACAACCCGGAAACGUGUACGACGUCGGCGGUAGUCGAUACUAACCGGAACAACUCGAUCGGGAUGACGAUGACAACUGACGACACUAAGACCACAGCCUCUUCCGCAUCGACCACGGUCGGGCAGUCGAUCAAGUCCAGCAAAUCUUUCGAGAGCGGCGUACUAGGGCAACAUGCCAAUACUCCUAAUGGCGUUAUUCCGUGGCCGGGCGACAGAGGCAAACCCAGACCGUCGCAACAGUGGGAUCACCAUAACGGUUCGUCGUCGUCACCGCAUCACAACCUCCACCAUCAACAGCAUCACCAACAACAGCAACACAACGGAUCGUCCCCGUACAGUGGCGGUGGCGGAGGUAGUGGUGAAAACCUAUACCUGGGAAACAGAUCCUCGGGGAUUCGCACUUCUUCCAGGGGCGGUCCGACGUACUUUUCACCACAACACAACCACGUGGACAGACUAUCGAACUCCGAGCUGAGAUCGUCGGCCAGUCUCGAAGAGAUCCUUUCUCCGAUCCUGCAAAGCAAACUAACCACGUAAUCUCGCGAGGACGCAAACUACAAAUGUUUCGAUACGAUAUUAUUAUCAUCGUUAUGAAUUCCGAUUGAAACACAACAAGCAAGCCCCGGAAAAUCAAUUAUGGUCGCCAAUUGGGAGACGACACGCCACGCUGGCUUCUUUUUACUUGUAUAUAUUUAUCAUUUUAUCAUAAUUUUUUUCAUUUAUAUGACGCAAGCGCGCACUCACGCACGCACACAUAAGCCAUAUUAUAUUGCAUUUAUAUAUUAUACGAUCGUGUACAGUGUAAAAAGAAACGAUUUAUCUCAUCACUACGUACAUACCUAUCGUAUACGUAUAUAAUAUAUUUAUAUAUAUAAUCUACACAUAUUAUAGGGAAACUUUUUGGAGAAUAUAAUAUAUCCAUGUACACGAGCGCGAGUUUUCUUCUUCUCCGUUAUUAUUAUUAUUUAUUCUUUUCACUUUUGAGAGAAACCGUCAAAGGGCGUCGAUAAGUCUGAGUUUUUAUUAAAUAUAUAUAUAUAUAUUUAUUUUUUUUUAUGGUCCCUAUUUUCUUAUCCUUCUCUUAUUCUUUUUUCGAUAUUCUCGCCGUUUUCUCUCGUUUCCCGACGGUAUAUAAUAUAUUAUUAUUAUUAUAAUCGUGUCUCAGUUGCGCUCGUCGGGUUUAUAUAAAUAUAGUACUAUACCAAAGCUCAAUAUUAUGAUCAACACAUGUGUUCCGCGCAUAUUAUUAUGUAUACAUUAUUACAUUUAUUAUUAUUAAUUAUUUCUAUUUAUUAUUAGUUGCGUACGACGCUUGUCUUGUAAGUACGUGUAAUUUAAUUUAACGAAAAUGCGUUCAUUUUUUACUUGACUACUAUUAUACUAUUGUAUUAUUUGUAUUAUAUAUUACUAUUAUAUUGACAAAAAGUGUGUUUUGACGCGUGAGGCUGUACCUCUAUUCAUUUUUGUUUGUUUAUAUUUCAUUUACAAAAAUAAAACGAUUACAAUAACUUAU